CGUGAAGGCCUUACAAGCGUCAAUGUGAAGGGAGGCGUGUGUUCUUUUACACAGCAAAACAAAGUAUUUAAUCAAGCAUAAUUCAGCUAGUUAUUGCACAAGUAACUUACAGCAGACAUGGAUUUCGGUAUCCUAGCAUCCAAGACCGUCCUUUUGUUCCUUAGUUUAAUAUUUUGGGUGGCAGGAGCAGCUCUUGCAUAUAUUAGCUCAUAUGUCAUAAUCAGCUACAAGAACUUUAGCAGCUUCACAGUCGACAAAUAUGCCAUUAUCCCUGUAGCCAUCAUUCUUGUCGUGGCCAUCGUUAUGUUCAUCAUUGGCAUAAUCGGCUGCUGUGCAACUCUGAGGGAGUCCAGCAUUGGCCUAGGCAUUUUCCUACUCAUUAUUUUACUGAUAUUUGCUGCGGAGCUCACAGCCUUAGUGUUUGGUGUAAUCUAUGAACGCAGGAUAAGCGGAGAGUUGAACAAAUCAAUGAAUGACGUUUUUGAGAAAUACGACGGAAAGAAUUCUGAAACAAAGGCGGUGGAUUACUUGCAGUCUGAGCUGGAAUGUUGUGGGGUGUCAAACUACACUGACUGGUCAACUAGACCAUGGUUUACUUCUCAUAAUUCUGUGCCUGUGUCAUGCUGCAAAGCAAACACCACAUGCAGUGGGCAGUUGAACCACCCAGAGGUUCUGAAUACAAAUGGAUGUAAAGUUAAACUUGAGAAGCUGCUGCAGGAUGUGCUGAGUACAGGCUUGUUGGUCAUCUUGGGAUUUGCCAUCAUAAAGUUACUGGGCAUACUCAGCAUUUGUGUGAUUGCCUGCCGCAGCUCGAGAAAUGACUAUGAGCCAUUGUAUGCAUAAAGGGUUCUGUAAAGUGCUUCAGAUUCUUCAUUAUCAAUAGAAAAAGACCUUACCUUAAUGAUGAGGUUCUGCUAAAUGCCAGAAACAUAAAUGAUAACUGUGCUUCACACAUGCUUUUUUUGGUCCCUUUUUUGUCUUUUUUUAUUGGUGCAAUGUUUUAAUGAAGUUGUUGACUAGAAAAGCAAGAAUAUCCCCAAAUAUAGGAAGCACACAACUUCUUGCCAACAGUUUGAUUUGUUUAUUGUUUUUUUUUUUUUUUUUUAAGAUAAACUAUAUUCAUACUAUUAGCUAGUUCACCUUAUGUGUUUUCCCCUUUAACUUUCCUGAAUCCCAUGCUAGCAUGUACUUUUCUAUGAUUUUAAAUGUAAACAAUAAAGGGAGUUCUGUCAGUCACCUGAACUGACUUCUUUGACAAAAAAUUAUAAGCACUGAAUGGAUUGCAAUUUGUUUAAAUUUAUAAAUGUUUUUGCCUUUAGGUGUUAUGUAAAUUGCCAAGUAAUGUAUGUAGUGAUGCAUUUUUCAUGUUUAGUUUAAAGUCAUGAUUACCUGAAAAACUUAAGCUUCUGAGAGAGUUAUAUGUUGACAUGCUGAGUUUUAAUUGCACUGACAAUGAAAUAAAUAAAAUGAAAGUCUUAAAUAA